GUCAAAACAUGGCGGAUGUUUUCCGUUUGAUGUUUGUAUCCCAAAGUUUAAAAGUAUUAGGAAUCAUUCGUAGAGAUCUAAUGAUAGAAGUAAUAACAUGAAGAGAAAGGGAAAGGCAGGGAAAAAGUCAAAACCAGUAUUAAAGCGAAAAGAUUCAGUUUCUUCAGAGGAUGAGCAAGUAUCAGUAUCAACUAGUUUACCCCCUUCAGUCGAAGGUCAAAUAAGAUGUUUCCUCACUGUAUCUGUGAGCAAGUUUACCUGGACAGUGGAGAAGCAUCCAGAUGGUGUGUCUAUUCGUAUAAGAUGGUGGGGCGAACAGGGAGAAGGGGCAUUACUUCGGCCUUUAAUAAAGGGUCAAGCGAAGUUGAAUGUCAAAAGCCGAUGGACAUCUGUGAGAUACCCUGUCUGCAGUGGACCAAAACAGUUCGCUGCAUAUUUGAAUGACAUGGGCUCUUUGGUUGUUGAGACUGUGCAUACUUCUACACAAAUUCCUUUUGGAAAAGCAUUGAUUUCAGAAAUAACUCAGUUAACAGCAAGUCAUCCUGUGAAUGUGGUUGUUCCUGUCAUGUCUGUUAUCAGUCCUUUUGGUAAAGUGGCUGAUGUUCAAGUCUUCAUUAAGUUUGAGUCUGUAUCAGCUGCAUACAACAAGUUGUCUUCAACUAUUCCAACAGUCGACACUGGAUUGGACAAACAAGUUGUGGACAGAAGUAGCUCUCACCCUACCCCUCCUCCUUACCUGAAUCCAGCAACACCAGUUAUUCAUCCUAAACACCAAACAGAUAUUAAGGAUCCAUUUGAAUCUCCUGCUCCAGCCAAGGGAGUGAAGUUUUCAGAAGAUCCACCAGAGAGACUAGAGUAUUCUCUAGACCCUUCGUUGUUAUCCUUGUUGGAACAUAAUGGAUCAUCUAGUCAGCAGUUAGAUACUGGGUCAGCAAUUAACAAGGAAGUAACUCAGACUCAACUAACCUCUGAAAAUGAGGAAAAUUUACUAAAUCAAAAUGCUGGUACAAUGGUGGCAAGUCAUGAGUAUAGUCAACACUUACAGGAUAAUAGUAUGGAUUGGAUUGGUGCACUUCUUGAUAAAGGUCAAAGACUGAGAGAAGGCCUUGCUAUGUCUACCUUGUUGGAUGAUACUAAUGUGACAGAUCAGUACAGUCCUCAAGAAACCCAUGUGCUUCCUGGUAGUUUAUUCCAAGAGAUUCUAUCAUCAAAUAAGACUGGUAUUCACCGUGGUCAACCUGAUGCUGUUAUCCAUCCAGUCCUGGACCACAGCGAUGGACAAGUUGUGGGUGAUGAUAACACAGUGGUUGAUCUCCUGAUGGGAGAUCGUCAUCAGGGUGUUGAUUUGAUUGAACACUCAUCUUACCUAUCUGAUUUAAGUGAGGAUAUGAGUGAAUUAGGUGAUCCACUACAUGAUGACUCAUUAUUGAUGGAUCUUUUUUAUAAACAACAAGGUGAUAAAUCAGCAGGCAGCGAUACUGAUAUUACGAUAAGUACAGAUGAUGAUGAACAAGAAAGCAGCCCAGUUAAUAUAGCAGCUGAGAAAAAUGAUGAUGAGGAAAUACGAGUGAAGCAGUACAAGAACAGAAAGGACAAAUCAAGAAAAGGGGAUGAGUCAAGUGAAGAGGAUCUAGACACCCAAAGAAGGAUUGAAACACCAGCAGAGAUGAGGAAUACAGAUGAUAUAGCACAUGAGUUAGGUGUUGAUACUGAGGAUAUAGAUGGGACCCUAUACUCUCAGCAAAGGACUGGAGUACCAGCACCAGCACUGCCACAUCUGAGAAAUUCAGAUGAUAAGGAUCUAGAGAACACACUGCACUCUCGGCAGAGGACUGAUGAUAUGGUGCACAAGCUGGGUACUGAUACUCUAACAACAUUAGGUAGAGUCAACACUGCAAGGGUUAUUGUAGAAAGAUUACUAAUAACUGAUAACAGCACAUUAGAAAAUCAGAUGUCAAGUAGAAAACCAAGCACAUUUUUUGUGGAGUAUGAUUUCCCUGUGAAUGCCAAGGACGUGACUGGGAAUGUGUCCUUAGUAAAAGAGUUAACAAGGGUUGCAUCAAAGAAAUUACACAAUAAAGCUGUAAUUUUCAACCACAGAUCAGUUUUUCCUGUGUCAUUUAAUGCUUCAGUACUAGAGCAUUGGUGGGGGUUGGGAUUAACCUUUAGGAUAUUGAAGAGGGAGUCAGGACAGAGAAUGCCAGAAGAAUUUGGAGUUGGUUUUUUGCCACUAAAAACAGUGUUAUUGUCAAACACUCUAAGCCUUGCAUCAUUCGUAGAGGUGAAUAACAAGAAAGUCAAGUCAGAUCCUGCAUCAUUGUCAUGGCAACAAUCUUUAGCAGAAGAUUCUCAUAGCGGCAUUACUGGAAAACUUGAGGUGAAAGUUGAUGUAGGAUUGGAUGGUAAACAACUACAAUGUCAGAAAUCUACAGACACUGCAUACCUUCCACAGCAAACUCAGAGUAAUGUAGGGAUAGUGUCUAAAGCAGUAGCAGCAGCAAGCACCACAGAUAAGCAUGAUGUAGUGACAUCCAAACCACCUCUACCAAGACAGUUACAACACCAAGUGAGAGAAUCAGUGGAAUUAGAAGAUCAAAUAGAAACAAUUACUCUUCACUCAUUACUUUGGAUACCAGAGGGUAAAGAAAUCACCCCAGAACCUCCUGGUAAUAGUGGAAGAAGUGCAAAUCUGUUCUUGGUUUCUCGCAUGUUCUGGUGUGAUGAGGUAUCCAAGUCACCUAUUUAUUGGGGCACAAAUAAUCCACAGUUUGUCUAUAAGCAAGUAGCACCUGUACUGCUUACACCCACUCUUCUGCAGAGAACUUGUAACAACUUUAUGGUGAUAGAAGUGUGGAAUAAAGUUAUUCCACAAGGAGAGAAGCUUGUUGGGAUUAGCAAGAUUCCUCUUCAUCAGUUUUACCUGUCAUUCCGAGAUCCAAAAAUCACAAAAACACUCAUCAAGUCCAAGUUUCCUGUAGUUUGCAUUGAUGGAUUGGUUCCUGUUAUCAAUCCUUUUACUACACACAGUCAUGGGGAACUUAAAGUACUGUUAGCAAUGGGUACAGAGGAACAGAUAACUUCUCUCUUAGAAAUCAAGGGUUGUGUUCAGGUUCCAAGUGGGAUGCAUAUCAUCAAAGAAACACAUCACCUUGAUAAACCAAGAGAGAUAAACCAGACCAAUUUAAAUCAUAGGAUUACAGGGAAUACCAGUGUUGUUGAUCAUCAGUUUGAGAUCACAGUUGAGGAUAUCAGAGGAUUAUCUAUAUUCAAGAGCACUGUCUGGGGAGAGACUGAUUGCUAUGUCCAGUAUCAUUUCCCAUCUCAAAUACAGCAGAGCACUGAUGAUCUUGAUCAUGAAGUGGUUCCUGGUUUGAAAACACACCAUACAUGCACCACUCUGUGUGUCCCAGACCCAUCCUUCCAAGACACCACUCGGCAUUCAUUUGAACUUCCCACUGGUAUACCUGUGCAGCGUUAUCUCUUGGCUGCGUACAGUGGUUCUUGGACCAGUAUGUCAUCUAUCCCACGUUCUGGUGGCAUUUCUUUUGAGUUGUGGAGGAGAUUUUAUUAUCCUAAUGUUAGGGAUCAAUUGGUUGCUAAGGCCAACCUUCCAGUUGCAAAACUUUGUGCCAUGGUUACGAUGAAAAGACACAGAGAACCCAGUGUACAAACAUUUUCAUUGCCACUGACAGUUUUACCACAAGAAGAUAAAGGUUCAAAGCAAACUGUGAUUGAAGACUCUGGACUACUUGAUGUGACUAUUAGAUAUCGAGCUAAUAAAAUCCAAACUAUAGCUGACAAGCCCACCCUUGAUCAAGUUUGUCUGUCAGUGGACAUCAUUAGGAUCUGUGGACUAAAGGGAGCUGCUAAAUCCCUUGUCCAUAACCUUCCAUCAAUGUUGUACCCAUCAGAUGUGGGUGUCAAUGCUUAUGUAGUUAUUAAACUACCUAUUGGUAAAAAGAAGAGAGUAGUCACUCGUACUGUGGCCAGAACAUUUGCUCCAGAGUUCUUUCACCACAUUGAAAUAGCAACACCAUUACAAAUGUCCAGGAAAUCAUGUGAUGUAAAUAAACAAGAUCAUGGAGAAAUCAUUAGUCUUGCAGAGAUGUUGGAGAUGUCUGAAGCUGUAUUUGAAGUAUGGCAUCAAGAUUCCAGGGGUUUUGGUAACAUUGACCAGCAACACCAUGAUGACCACCAUCAUCAUCCAACAAAGCCGAACAAGUAUGACAUACUCCUGGGUGUGGUGAUUGUUCCACUAACAGACCUUUUGACACACAGAACAGGAAUAAGGGGAUGGCAUGCCAUUCAACACGAAGAAAUGUUUGUUGAUGAGGAUCACCAUGGUAACAGUACUGUGUUGGGAGGUCUUCAGCUAUCAAUCAAGUUUGAUGAUCCUCAAGAUAGAGAAAGUCUAAUACACGUAGGACGUAGUCUAGGAUGGAGUCCACCAAAUGGGGUAGAAGAUGCUGAUGAUGAAGAUGUUAUCUUUUUGGAUUCAAAAGAUGAUGAAGAUAGUGAUGGAGAUACACCUAAAGGAAUUGCACUCACAGUUAAGAUGAACAGGGCCUGGAUACCAAAAACUCAAUCAUAUCAACCUAAAGUGGAAAUCAAGGGAUAUAUCAGAUACAAGAUAUAUGAUAAAAGUCCAGUUUGUUCUCGUGUUGUUCGUAUCAAGCAAAACAAGGACGACAUGUUAUUGUUGGAUAUCAAACAUUCCAAGUGCUUCAUGUUACCAGCAACAUCUUCUCUCGUAUGGUAUUUAAAGGAAGAACAACUUGAGGUUCAGGUGUGGUUGAAAGGCCAAUCACCAAACAACAAAGGAACCGCUUCCCUGCCAGGGCAGAGAGACAAACUAAUUGGGUCUGCAUUCAUUAAACUCUCAUCCUUGGUUACCAAGGGAUUACAUCACCCACAAACCAGUUUCAGUGGUACAUUCCCUCUGUUCAAGGCUGGAGUUGAUGCUGUUGAUGGAGCUUGUGUUCAUGUUCAAAUUUCCCUUGCUAAACCAACUGCAAGCUCCCACAACUACAACAAAAUGGGAGAGCACGAAUCUUUGGAAGACAGUAUUAGCUCUGAAGAUUAUCCAAGUACAAAAGGAUAUGAUGACAAUGAUGGUGAAUCUCUCAAAUCCAAUACUGAUACAACUACAGCUGGAAGAGGUGAUAGAAAUCUUGUUUCAGAGACACAACCAUGUAAGGAUGAUUUGAAUACCUUUGCUGCACAUAUAAUUGUACAAGAAGCUCGGCAUUUGAAUUUUGGAGCUGCAGGACCUGAUAGCAAAAGGGUAUCUCCAAAUGCAUAUGUUACCUAUCAGACUUCGCCAUCUUCACUGGAAGUUAGUACUCCUGUCUGCAAGUCAUCUUCUAGUCCUGUGUGGGAAUACCAGAAACUGGAAAAACUUCCUCUGUCUAUGCUUAAGACACAGAACCUAAUUUUUAAAGUCUGGCACAAAACAAACAAAGAUGUUUCAAUUGGUGAUGUUCCUCUGGGAUUUGCAAGUGUGGACCUUGGACCUAUUGCUGCAGGACUCAGACAGUUGAUUGGCUGGUAUAAUAUUAUGGACUUUAAUGGAAAAUGCAAAGGGCAGAUCAAGCUAGGUGUUGUACCGUUAGCUCCAGUGUCACCAAGCCGUUGCCUUCCUAAAUCAAGAAUAAAUACAGGAUCUUUAUUCUCAGACAUUAACGAGGGAAAACGUUUGGUUCAAGAUCAACAAGAGCAACAAGUACCAAUAGUUCAGUUGCCAUCAGACCAAGAGCAGGCUCACUUGGAAAGAUCACUUGAGUCUAUUGGUAUUCAAGCAUUACCAGGCAAAACAGAACCAGUGAUGCCCUCUACAUCAGGACUCUUCAAGCAACUAAGGAAAAACAUGGAGGAUCUUGAUGAGUUGCAAACAAGAUUACAAACCAAAUUGUACACAGAUUCCACCACACAUAGAUCAUCUGGUGUUCUUUACUCUUCAGAAGAAAAUCCAUCUCAUAAAAAUAUUCUGGACCGUUUUACCCAAGAAAUUGCCAGUGAAAACAUGACUGAUUGUGAUAAAGAGUAUCAAGAUACGGACCAGUUGUUAGGUACUUCUGAAGCUGACAAUGUAUCACAUGUAGAAAACCCAUCCAGCAUUCCUAACAGAGAGUUGGAGAGUACUUCUGCUGAUAAACUGGUUGAAAACAGUCCUCAAAUUAGCCACACUCUAAGCAAACAGAACGACACAUCAAGUGCUGAUAUCCCACUUCCCCCACCAAUGAAAGAUGCAGGGGAUGCAAUUUUUGAAGGUUCCUCAAUGGAUUCAGUGCAGCAUCCUAGUUCAUCACAAGACAAUGACGAAAAUAUACGAAUUUCCACCCUCAAAGAAACAUGUGAAAAUUAUUCUUCUGCAAGUGACUUAGAAGAGCAUGUAGGUUCAGAUUCUCUUGAAGAUGGAAGUAACCUUCCUUCGGCACCAGUGUUCACACAGGAAAGAGACAGUUGGUUAAGUAGUACUGAGGAGGAAGAGGAAACUAGAAAAUCUCCUUUAAAUUCAAAUGCUUACUCCCUGAUAAAUAGUAUUAUGGAUCAACAUGCCAAAGAAGAGUUCUCAAGUACCAUGGGCCAAAUAAAUCCACAUAGCAUUACUGAGGACACAGAAAUAACUGUUACUGAUAAGGAGUUAUCGAGUCCAUAUUCUCAUAAAGAUACUAAUGGUGAUGAUAGUAAUGAAUCCCUACAUUACAAAUGUACUGAUGAAAACUCUGUUUAUAACGUGGGCAACAGUAUACCACCAGCUCAAACACAUACUUAUCUUUCACAAUCCCCAAACUUUUUUAUGCCAAGAGAGCAGUUAGAACAUUCAAUGAGAGCUUUACGAUUGAAUUCAAGACAUUCUUUUGCUGCAUCUGACUUAAAACAGGGCCAAUCAAAACUUUUGCAAAGAACUAGUGAAGUAAGCAGAAAUACUGGGGCCAGUGAAACCAUUUCUCAGUAUUCAAAGAAGCAAGUCAUGUACAAGGCUAAAAAGGAUGGGCAACCUCCUCUCUCUUCUGCUGAAAUAGAGAGAAUUGCAAGGAUUUUUACUUUAAAAGAUUCUUAGCAUUCUUAUUGUAUUCCUUUUAGUGGCCAUGUGGCUGUCUUAUUAAAAGGUCAAUGACUAUGCAUGUGAGUGAUGUAACUCUAAAGCAA